GUGAGGCAGUCUGUCGGUGUUUUGGAACAGUGACGGUUGUGUGAAAGUGUGUUGAAAAGUAUAUUUUUCUGAUUUUAGUGUUUUUGAAGUUCACGAUGUCGGAUGAAAUUGCGGAGAAUGGAACAGCGAACGGAGACGUUCCAGAGAUCGAGCUGAUCAUUAAGGCAUCGACGAUUGAUGGGCGACGGAAGGGCGCGUGCCUCUUCUGCCAGGAGUACUUCAUGGACCUGUACCUGUUAGCUGAACUUAAAACCAUCAGCCUAAAGGUUACAACAGUAGACAUGCAGAAGCCGCCUCCGGACUUCCGCACCAACUUCGAAGCGACGCACCCGCCCAUACUGAUCGACAACGGCCUCGCAAUACUGGAGAACGAGAAGAUCGAACGGCAUAUCAUGAAGUCGGUACCGGGAGGUCACAACCUAUUUGUACAGGACAAGGAGGUGGCUUCGCUGAUCGAGAACUUGUACUCGAAGCUGAAGCUGGUGCUGGUGCGCAAGGACGAGCAGAAGUCCGCCGCACUACGCGCGCAUCUCGGACGCAUCGACGGGCUGCUCGAGCGCAGGGGGACCAGGUUCCUAACGGGCGACACGAUGUGCUGCUUCGACUGCGAGCUGAUGCCGCGGCUGCAGCACAUCCGCGUCGCCGGCAAGUACUUCGUCGACUUCGAGAUACCGACGAGUUUCCGCGCCCUCUGGCGCUACAUGUACCACAUGUACCAGCUGGACGCGUUCACGCAGAGCUGCCCCGCCGACCAGGACAUCAUCAACCACUACAAACUGCAGCAGUUAUCGGCGAAAGGUUUGGUGCUGUCGCCGACGCCCACCCUCCAACGGAAAGAGAUACCAACACAAGCGGCGCUGAAAAUGAAGAAACACGAAGAACUCGAGACGCCGACGUUCACGACGUCAAUCCCUAUCGACGUGAGCGAGAACAGUAAUGCCGAGUAACCGGCCGCGGCCGCGCACAUGCCUUGGUACAAUAGUAGGCGGUAAACUUAUUCUAAAUUAUACCACCAUCGCCUGCACGCAGGGAUCAUAAACCUUUUAUAAUUAAAUGUUGCCAAAAUUACACAGCGCCUGUGUAACCGUCCACACAUCGAAGACUGUCUUUAUACUUUUCUAGAUUUGUACUCCGGAAUUUCAAAUUUAAUUUGUUACUGUAAGUGUGGUGUGGAGUAAGGCUAACAACUCCACAUCUUCACGUGUGGACGGCUAUGUGUGUGCGACUGUUGCCGAGUGCGCCGCAGCCGAGACAAGCCCCCCCCCCCCCUCUCCAAACCGACCCCCAUAAGUUAUAGUCAGACUGCGAGACAUCAGCCGUCUUACCGCACGUUUUGUGGAAAGAUACUGAUGUUUGUUAAGCGCUAAAAGUAAAUAUAUUUUUGUACUAAAUUAGGAUUUUUUUGGCGUUGCAAUGUUGAUAGAUUCGAAAUCUAUGAGAAUGUAUGGUUUGGUGCAAUCGGAAUUAAGUUUUUAUGAAUACAUGUUGAGAAAAGCUUAGGAUAUUGUGGAUUAUUUAUUAGAGACUUGGACAUUUAUUUUGCAAGAAAUAUCAUGUUUUCUAUGUGACAUCUUCAACAGAUCAGUAUAUUUAAUUUUUAUUGUUUGCAAGUUGUAAGAAGAUUGUGGCCAUUAGUAUUUUGAAAAUAACUUUUUGUGGUCCAAAAAUUAAGUAAUAACGCAUUUUAUUCAGAUGAUGUACAUUGUUUGGCAGAGGAGAAUGAACAAAUCUGUAAUGUAAGGUUAUAACCAAGUUGCAUCAAUCUUAACAAAUUUCAGUGUACCUUUUUCUAUUUAUGGAAACAAUAAUGAUUUUACAAGUUUAUAAGUUAGUAUAGUUUCAGUGUUCAAACACAACGAAUAAAUACCCAGAAUGUUUUGUUGUAUUAUAUUCACAAUAGUUGUAAGGUUGGUUCACAGUAUUCAUUGUUCUGGACCCCUGUAGUUAAAUUGUUAGGUUACAUAAGAUCAGUUUCGCCGCCAUUUAGGUUUUGCCUCUGCCUUAUUGUUUGUUACUGUACUUGUAAUAUGUACUGCAGCCAAUCACUAUGUUAGCGCUCUUGCCUGCCUAUGUUACCUUGAGGAUAAGGUAUUUUUGUCAUUAGUAUGUACUUAUUUUUUGUUUUUAUUUUCGGUUCCUUGUUUCCUUUUUUAAUAUAUUUGUGAACCUACAGUUAGAAUGUAAGAUGGGAGGCUUUAAGUUGGACCACCUAUUUAAAUAAAUAAUAGAUGUUUGGGUUCUCACUUUUGAGAGUAUAAUUUUUAUACUUAGAGUUUGACAUGAUGUUGACUCCAUGUUUUAUUACAAAUUUGGGAAAUUCAAUACAUAAGUAUAGUUGACAUACACAAUAGCGACAAGGGCGAGAGACGACGAUUGGACAAUGUAUAAAAUAAUAAUUACUAGAUUAUAAUGUAAAUGUUAAGGAAUAAAACCUGGAUAAUAUUAUUUUUUUU